CUAUCAGCCUGGGGGUGUUGGCUGGGAUAAACUGCCGGCCAUCUCUCACAAUGUCUAAUUAGAUGUGUAAUUUGUGUUAUGCGUCUACCUGGCCAAUAAAGUGAAUUCUCAUUCUGAUUAUUCCUCACAAGAUGUUAGAGGCAUUGAAACCGUCAGUAAUGGCUGCAUGCUGCAUAAUUCUAACUGGUUUGAAUGCCAUCAUCACUGAAUGACCUGAGAACACAUUAUGAAAAAAAAAAUAUUUGUCUACUGUAAAAAAAAGACAACAAAACAAAAAAACAAACCUUGCACAUAGAUUAAGACACUCUUCACAUGGUGCUUAGUUAUGAUAUAUUGGUCAAGAUAAUGCAGUCUGUACAACUGACGGAACUGUUUAAAAAAUGUGAACUUUGACAUACAAGCUGACCAGUGCUGUCCACACAAUCGUCAGAACAUACCUAGUAAAUGAGAUUUCCAGUGGAAUAAAUGAGGACACGAGCCUUUCUUUCAAAAUUUCAGCUAGGCUGUACUCUUACUCACAAAUAGUUUGCAAGUAUCAGUGUCCAUGUAGAGUGUGGUGUAACCACAUUUUUAAAUUAUUGAAUGUCCAAACACUGGCAAUUUGAUCCUCUUUGCCUGUGCUUUCCUUUCUUUCUUCUUUCCACGCGUUCACACAGUCGGCAGACCUCCAUACUUGUCUCUUGGUUCCUUCUGCACUGUGCUCUUCUUACACAUGCUGCAACCUCGAAAUAGCAUAAAACAACACUCCACAUACCUAUAUUAUCAAUCCCCAAUUUUUCCUGGUUAUGUGAAAAAAGUAACCCUUCACAUCCCAUUAGGGGAUAUUAGCUUCAGCGACACUCACGGGGAGCCUGGAAAAAGGACGAGACUGCCACUGUCGCAUGAACCGCCAGUGUAAUGUGUUCAAAGCGAGUGGUCCUUCUAAGAACAGAAAGCUUCCUAAGAGAGCAAUUAAAUUAGCAAGAAAUCACAAUUCAGCGCUUUCUUCCUUUUUCCUAACAACGUGUCAUUUAUUCCACUAUUAUUCUAAGCUUUUCAAGAAUAGGUUUUGUUUUGCGUAUAUUUCUUCUACACAUUUCCUUUUUGCUCCUGUCAGUUGCUCAGUUAAAAAAAGGAACACCGAACAGAAGAGCGGAGGAUGGUGACGUCAUCAAAAGCGACGUAAACAGGCGGCGUGACGGUUCCCGUCUCCCGAGGAGGGAAGUAGAGACGCUGAGCUCUGUUAGACUGUGACGCGUAUGAGAGAGUGAGAAAAGGCCAACAAGAAUGCUACCAUUUGUAGUAACAGUUAUACAAAAUGGAGGCGGUGGGUCCAGCUGUCCAGGAACCUUUACAUAUGGGACAUACGUGUGAAGAGAAAGUCCAAGAAGUUGUGUGCUAACGAUGAGACAAAUCUCACGCUGCGCAGGGGCCUUUCUUCUGUGAUUACCAUGGAGGAAAGAAGUGUAGAUAUUAAGGAAGAGGACUGUGAGUUGGGAUCUGUACACCUUCAGCAGGCGAGUCAUUGCAUUAAAGAGGAGGAUUGUGAAAGGGUGGCUAAGAGGAUUAAACAAGAAUCUGAUUCAGUGUUUGGCCACGCUGACAUGCAAGAAAAUGAAACUGUAAGUAGUUACAUGGAAGACUUGGAAUCGGAGCCUGUGGCCCCAUCUUCAAGUCUCAAUGAGGAGCUACCUGGAAUAGUCUUAACGUCAAGUGGACAUGGCCCCCCACAGCAUCAUACUGUCCAUCCAAAGUCCAAACCUUUGGAAUGUGACGCAAAAAGAUCUGUAAGAGCAGCAGGAUCUAGUCAUUCUGAAGAAGACAAAAAUGAACACUGCCAUUUUCAGCAUUGGUUGUACAAUAUGCAGGAAGUGGGCCUAGCUCUCCAGGAGCCUCUAGAUGUGGGGUAUAAACGUGAAGAGAUGUGUAAUGACAAAGAACAGUGGGAUCCCAUACUGCACAGGGCCCCUCCUUCCAUGUCUACAACAGAGAGAAGAAGUGUAGCCAUUAAGGAAGAGGCCUGUGAAUGGAAGUCUUUGCUCCUUCAUCAGGGCAGACUUAACUUUAAAAAGGAGGAUUGUGAAUGGGUGGCUGUAAGGAUUAAGGAAGAAUCUGAUUCAGUGUUUGGCUACACAGACAGGCCCAAUACCGAAACUGUAAGCAGCUUUAUGGAAGACUUUAAAUCGGAUCCUGUACCCCAGUCCUGUCUGAACGAAGAGGGACCUGAAUUAGACCUCAAGCCUGGUGGGCACUGUUACCUGCACCAUUAUUCUCACCACCUGGACAAGUCUGCAAAAGCAUCAGGUUCAAGCCAUUCAGAAGGAGGUAUGCAGAGCAAUGGUAGUGCCUACUCAUCUCAGACCUCUCUUCAGCCUAGAUCAGAACAGACAACGGUGGAUGAGGAUAUGAAGAAGUCAAUAUCUAGAUUGGAGAGUCUAAAAGCAGACUCUUUUCAGAACAAUGCUUUGCUUGAUAUGCAGUUCACAAGGAUAGAUGUAACCAAUGUUAAACUACAGGUGCACAAUGUAAGUUCAUCCAGGCUGUCUGUCUGCGAAGAGCAGAGGGAAAGUUUUAAUUGCAAACCUAAACACAAGGAUCAGUUGAAUCCUACGAAAGAAAAACUGUAUGAGUGUACUGAAUGUGGAAAACAAUUUUCCAGGAAAUGGCAUCUCAAGACCCACACAAGAACUCACACUGGAGAGAAGCCAUACCAGUGUUCUGAAUGUGGCAAACGAUUCACUAGCAGUAGCACCCUUCAUACCCACACAAGACUUCACACUGGAGAGAAGCCAUACUGCUGCUCUGAGUGUGGUAAACGAUUCUCUGUCAGACAGCACUUUCAGAGUCACACUAGGGUUCACACUGGAGAGAAGCCGUACUGUUGUUCAGAAUGUGGAAGGGGAUUCUCAUCUAGUAGUGGUCUUCAAGCUCACAGAAGACGUCACUCUGGAGAGAAGCCAUACAGUUGUACAGAAUGUGGAAAACGGUUUUCUUGCAGUAGCACACUAAAGAUCCACACAAGAACUCACACUGGAGAGAAGCCAUAUUGCUGUUCUGAAUGUGAUAAACAAUUCUCUGACAGUAGACGACUUCAAAGACAUACUAGAGUUCACACAGGGGAGAAGCCAUAUGGCUGUUCCGAAUGUGGCAAACAGUUCUCAAAUACUACAAGUCUUAAGAUCCAUGAAAGAAACCAUACUGGAGAGAAGCCAUAUUGCUGCUCUGAGUGUGGGUCACAGUUUGCUGGUAGGAACCAAUUUCAGAGACACAUCAGAAGCCACACUGGAGAGAAGCCAUUUUCCUGUUCUGAAUGUGGCAAACGCUUCACAACAAAUAGCCAGCUUCAGAUUCAUACAAGAUCCCACACUGGAGAGAAGCCGUACAGUUGUACAGUAUGUGGAAAACAAUUCUCCUGCAGCAGCAGUCUGAAGAUACAUACAAGAAUUCACACUGGAGAGAAGCCAUACUGCUGUCCAGAGUGUGGUAAACAUUUCUCUGAUAGCAGGUCCCUACAGAGACACAAAAGAAUUCACACUGGGGAGAAGCCAUACUGCUGUUCAGAAUGUGGCCAACGAUUCACACAAAGUUCCAGCCUUAAGAUCCACAAAAGAAUUCACACUGGAGACCAGCCAUGUAGCUCUUCAGAAGGUGGGGAACAAUGCUCAAAUAGAAGUCUUCACACCCACAUAACAAGUUAUGUUAAAGAGAAGCUAUAUUGCUGUUCUGAAUGUGGCAAACAAUUCUCAUAUAUUAGCCAUUUACAUGAUCACACCAGAAUUCACACAGGAGAGAAACCAUUUCAUUGUUCUGAAUGUGGCAAACAGUUUUCUACCAGUGGUGUUCUUAAGAGACACACAAGAGUUCACACUCGGGAGAAGCCAUAUUGUUGUGCUGAGUGUGGUAAACGAUUCUCUCAUUGGAGCACUCUCAACAAACACAAAAAAAUUCACACCGGACAAAAGUCUUUUUUCUGUGUGGCAUGUGGCAAAGGAUUCUUUACUAGGAGCCAACUUCAGGCCCAUAUGAGAACUCACACCGGAGAGAAGCCAUUCUGCUGUUCUGCAUGUGGCAAACGAUUCACCACUAGCAGCAUUCUUCGUUAUCAUAUAAAACGUCACACUGAAGAGAAGCCUCAUACUGGUGAGCAAGAAGAAAAAAAGAAUCACACACUGUACGAUGGCCUCCAUUUGAUGCCCACCAUGGAGAAAAGAAGUGUGAGCAUAACAGAGAAGGGUAGUGGAGGGCUGACUGUAAGGAUUAAAGAAGAAUCUGAUGCAGAUUUCGGCUACACAGACUUGCAUUCAAAUGACAUUGUAAGUAGUUUAAUGGGAAAAGAUUGUAAAUCAGAACCUGUCUCUCCGUCUUUCUGUCACAAAGAAGAGACCCCCGACUUAGACUUCACGCCGAGUGAACUCUGCUUCCUGCAGCGUCAUUCUGUUCACCUGAUGUCCAACUCUUCAGAAUGUGGCGUGAGGAAGUCUGCAAGCGUAGCAGGUUCUGGUUAUUCUGGAGGAGGUGUACAGGACAGUGGUAGCUUCUUCUCAUCUCGGCCCAGUCUUCAGUACAGAUCUCAACAGACACCUCCCAAUGAAAAUAUGAAGUGUGAGAAUGUGAGUUUGGAAGCAGCCUCUUUGCAGGGAAGCUCUCAGCCUGUUGUGAUACUUACAAGAAUAGAUGCAACCAACAGUAAGCCGCAGGUGCAGAACACCGCUUCAUCAACUCAGUCUGUCUGCCAAGACCAGAGAAAAACUUUUGAGUGUACACCUAAACACAAAGAUGAAUUGGGUCCUACAAAACCAAAACGCUAUGAUUGUUCUGAAUGUGGAAAGCAAUUUGUUGUGAAAUGGCAUCUUCAGACCCACAUGAGAAUUCACACCGGAGAGAAGCCGUAUUGCUGCUCUGAAUGUGGCAAACGAUUCACCUGCAAUAAGAGUCUUCAAACCCACACAAGAAUUCAUACUGGAGAGAAGCCAUAUUGCUGUUCUGAGUGUGGUAAACGAUUCUCUGAUAGUAGACCAUAUCAAAGGCACACAAGGAUUCACACAGGAGAGAAGCCAUACAGUUGUUCAGAAUGUGGCAAGCAAUUCUCAAACUGUACAAAUCUUAAGACUCACAGAAGAAUUCACACUGGCGAGAAGCCAUAUUGCUGUUCAGAAUGUGGCAAGCGAUUCUCGCAACUAAGCAAUUUUCACAGUCACUCCAAAACUCAUAGUGGAGAGAAGCCAUAUUGUUGUAAUGAAUGUGGCAAAAGAUUCUCUCAUUGGACCACUCUCAAGAAACACACACAUAUUCACAAUGGAAAGAAUUCUUUUUUCCAGUUGUGCAAUAUGGAAGAGGUGUGCCCUGCUGUCCAGAAAUCUCUAAAUGUGGGGUGUAAAUGUGAAGAGAUGUGUAAUAAUAACGAAGAGAAGCAUUCAGCAACGUAUAGGAGCCCCCCUUCCAUGUCUACCACGAAACAAAGAAGUGUGGACAUUCAUUCAGGGGUCUGUGAGUGUGAGUCUUUACACCUUCAACUGGAUGGUGGCAGCAGCAUUAAGGAGAAGGAUGGUGAAAGGGCAGGUAUAAGGAUUAAAGAAGACUUUGAUUCAGCAUUUGGCUUCACUAAAAUACAAGAAAACGAGCUUGUAAAUACCCUAGUGGAAGAAGACGAUAAGUCAGAUUCUGUGUCAAACUCUCUUUGUCACAGUGAAGAGGGACUUGGAGUAGACGUCACAGCGAGUGACCGUGACUCCCAGCGGCAUCAUUCUGUCCACCUGAGGAAGUCUGAAAAAUCGCAGGACUCGAGUUAUUCUGGAGGAGGUUUACAAGACAGUGGCAGCCUCUCCUCAUCUCAGAACUCUUCUCAGUCCAGAUCACACUAUAUAACACAGGUUGAGAAUAUGAAGAAAUCGACAUCUGCAUCCACGUAUUUGAUAGCAGCCAAUCUUCCUGUUGUAAUACUUAAAAGGACAGAUGUAACCAGCAGUCAACUACAGGUACAGAAUGCAAAUUCAACCGUGCUGCCUGUCUGCCAAGAGAAAAUGAAAAGGUUUAAUCACAUAUCUAAACAAAAAGAAAAGUUGUGUCCUGCAAAACCAAAGCAGUAUGUUUGUUCUGAAUGUGGAAAACAGUUUUCCAGGAAAUGGCAUCUUCAGACCCACAUGAGAAUUCACACUGGUGAGAAGCCAUACCAGUGUGCUGAAUGUGGCAAACGAUUUACCCGCAAUAACAGUCUUCAGACCCACACAAAACUUCACACUGGAGAGAAGCCAUAUUGCUGCUCUGAAUGUGGUAAACGAUUUUCUGACCGAAAGCAAUUUCAGAGACAUGGUAGAGUUCACACUGGAGAGAAGCCAUAUAGCUGUUCAGACUGUGGCAGACAAUUCUCAUCUAGUAGUCAUCUUAAGGCUCACAGGAGACGUCACACUGGAGAGAAACCAUAUAGUUGUUCAGUAUGUGGAAAACAAUUCUCCUGCAGCAGUACUUUGAAGAUCCACACAAGAAUUCACACAGGUGAGAAGCCAUAUGGCUGUAAAGAAUGUGGUAAACGAUUCUCUGAUAGUAGGCCAUAUCAGAGACAUACACGAAUUCACACUGGAGAGAAGCCAUAUGGCUGUUUGGAAUGUGGCAAACAAUUCUCCAAUAGUACAAAUCUUAAGAUCCACAGAAGAAUUCACACAGGUGAGAAGCCAUACUGCUGUUCAGAAUGUGGCAAACAGUUCUCACAGUUAAGCAAUUUUCAGGAUCACACAAGAAGUCAUACAGGAGAGAGACCUUAUCAUUGUUCUGAAUGUAGCAAAAGAUUCUCCACCUUACGGCAUCUUCAGAGCCACAAAAUAAUUCACACGCGGGAAAAGCCAUUUGGUUGUAAUGAAUGUGGCAAACAGUUCUCUCAUGGGAGCACUCUCAAAAAACACAUAAAUAUUCACACAGGAAAGAAGUCUUUUUUCUGUGUGGCUUGUGGGAAAGGAUUCUUUACCAAGAGCCAACUUCAGACCCACACAAGAACUCACACAGGAGAGAAGCCAUACUUCUGUUCUAAAUGCGGCAAAAGGUUCUCCACCAGCAGCAUUCUCCGUUGCCAUAUAAGAAGUCACACUGGAGAAAAGCCUCAUUCCUGUUCUGAAUGUGGCAAAGGAUUCUCAGACAAAAGGAGUCUUCAGAAUCAUGCAAAAGUUCAUACUGGAGAGAAAGAAGAAAAUUAAAUAUAUGACCUUCAUUUCUGGAAAUCCUGUGAAGGUGUGGAAUAUAUAAAAUAACUAACCUUAGCUAGGAGAACUGAAAUUAAGGAAAAACAGAAAACACUUGAACCAACAAUGUACAUUUGCCUUAUCAUAAAUUAGAUCAUGACCCCCAAAUGUAACAAUAAACGGAAGAAUUUUCUAAUAAUGUAUUCAUUUGUCCCAUCCAGGGUUGUUUUUGACCUUGCUCCCCAUAACAGGCUAUACCUCCAAGUGU